AUGGAAAGCAAAAGUAGCAGUGAAAUCAUAGGAGAUAUGCCUCAAGAAGUCUACAAGGCGCCACUCCGUAUCCUAUCAACAUCAUCUUCCUCAGCAACAUUGAACAACGAAGAUGAGUUCUCGCUACCAAGCCUACCAUCAACAAAAGCCAAACAAGUCUACCUGCCAAACGAAAUAUAUUUGCUCUACUUCCAACUUCUUUCAACCACCCACUUGCUAACUAUAAGGCUGGUGUCUCAUCGCCUCAAGCUACUUGUGGAUUAUGAGUUGGAUGCUCGCAUGAAGAUUUCGCUGGUUGAGCUCAGUAAACGUAGACACGACGUGGAUUCAAAGUAUGUAGAGGCAGAACGAGUCAAGAGGCCGCAUCUGAGACACUAUCGCCAGUUCCUCUUCAACAUAUCAGCUGCCGAACUAUCAGAAGCAACAUCAUACAAAGUCCCACCACCAGAAAUCAAAACAGUCUGUGAAUGCCUGUGCUUGCUCCGAGGUGGCAACAAUCAUCCCUUAACAGGUCCAGUGUCCGCACCCACAUCACCCACAACCUUCCCAAACGGUCCAGUAGACGUCGCUCAUCCAACAACACCCAACGUAUCAACACGACCAUUCGGCGACGAGUCGUCUCCACCAGUCAUGUCAUGGUCUUCGCUCAAAAAGCUAAUGACUCGCUACGACUUCCGAACAUGGUUGACGAAUCUUCGAGCUGGUGUAGAUUAUAUUCCUAUCAGCAACGUCCGACGAGUUGAACGUAUCAUAAUGCUCGACCCAACCAUCACGUAUGAGAAUCUUCGUCAAGUGUCUAUGGCUGGAUAUAAGUUGCUUAUAAUAGUGGCUGCCGUGUUACAGUAUUGCACCAUUGCAGAAGAUCUUAGGGUGAAGAGGAGGGAGUUGUCGAACCUGGAUCGGAAGUUUACUCGAUGCAAGUUGUUUUUGGGCGCCAUCUCUGGCAGUGUGGUGGACGAGGAUAGAUUAGACCAUGAUGAACAAAGUAGUGAAUGUGAAUUUGUUAAUAGUCGUUCUAGUGUAAGCACACUCACCGGCUAA